AUGACAAGGUGGUGGAUUCAGAUCAGAGAUCAUUCAACAGAUUUAAAAGAAGGGGGUUCCAAUAGCGCUCAUUUAGGCGUAUCAUUGUACUAUAUUAGAUCAACCAAGAUGUCUAAACCCAAUGAAAAUGGUGGUGGUGGUGGUGGUUCGUCGUUCAAGCAAUUGAGCUUCUUGAAUGAAAGUGAUCCGGUAACAUUGUUGAACUCAAAUAACUAUUUGGAUCAAUUGGUACCUAUAAUCAAAUCAAAUAUCAAAUCAAACACAAUACCUGAACUUCUAGAGACAUUGAAUAAUGAAGGAUUGAAGAAAGAUGAUGAAUUAACAAAUAAUAUCAAUUCAAAUGAAGUCAAUAUUAGAACUACAACAACUGAAAUUGCAUCAAUAUCGAAAAAUGCAUCAACUAUAAAUGAACAGGUUUUGGAUAUAAAUGAUCAUUUAAGUAAAACUUCAAGUCUGACAAUACAAAAAAAAUUUCAAAUGCUUGCAUUAAAGAAAAAUAUAAAUAAAAUUAAUGAAUCAAUUAUUUUAAUCAAUAAGAUUUUACAAAUUUUAGAAUUAACAGAUCGUACACAUGAAUUAAUUAAAAAUGAUAAAUUCUUUAAUGCAUUGAAAAAUUUAAAUGAUUUAGAUGCUUUAAAUAAAGAUUUUGAUAAAGAUUUCCAAUUCUUACAAAAUAUUAAUGAUUCAAUACCAAUUAUGAAAAAUCUUGUUAGAGAUGAAUCUAUAAGUUUGGUAAAGAGAAAUUUAAAUACUUUAGAUACAAAAUAUGAUAAAAUUUCAUUAGCAUAUUAUGAUAAAUUUACACAAAUUUUGUUGAAAUGGGAUCAAUUUAGACAAAAAAAUAGAGAUUUUGAUAAAUAUAAAUUAAAUUCAUCAGUGGAAAUUAGUUUAAGAGAUGAUUAUUUAAAUAAAGAUGAUCAUUUACCUCAAGUUUAUAAAUUUAUUGAUUUUGGUUUCAUUUAUGAUUCUUUCUUAAUUUUUAAAUCUUUAGAUCAAUUACCAUUUCUUAAAAAUGAAUUUAAUAAAGAAUUAAAUUUAAGAAGAGAUAAAAUUUUACAUCCUUUUUUAACAAAUGAUUUACAUAAUGAACAAUUUAAAAAAUAUAUCAUUUCAAAUGAUAAUUUGAAAAAUUUCCUAUCUAAAUUAAUUGGAUUUUUGAUAUUUCAUGAUCUAAUGUCAACAAAAUUACCAAAUAUUAUAAAUCAAAAAACAACUGAUAUAUGGGAAAAUUUAUCUGCUAAAAUAUACCCUUUCCUAAAAGAAUUAGUUGCUAAUGGAUUAAUAGAAACUCAAAAAAUCCUAGAUUUUAAAAGUAUAAUAGGAAAUUUUUAUUUAAUACUGGAACAUUUUAAUCUUAGUGGUGAUCAUUUUUAUAAUUUAUUAAUUAUGACAUUUAAGAAAUUUUCACAAAUAUCUACACAUAAUUUUAAAAUUGAUUUCCAAAAAUUAACUGAAGAAGAUGAUUCAAUGCCAAUGGCAAUUUAUGAUAUUGGAUUAUAUAGAAAAAUUUCAAAUAUUAGUUGGUAUGAAGAUUCAAGAUCAGAAAAUGAAAUUAAAUUCCCACAAGUUUUACCAUUUAGUACAAUUUAUCCAAUGACUUGUGCACAAGUUAGAGCUUAUAUUACACAUCAAACUGGAUUUCUUAAAGAUUAUUAUAAAUAUGAUGUUGAAUCAUUAAAUAAAUUAGUUAUUGAAAAUGUUGAUAAUUUAUUAAUUUCAGUUAUAAAUAGUUAUUUUAAAGAAAAAUUAAAAUUAAUAACUAGAGAAGAAUUAUCACAAAAUUUAAUUAAUUUAGAAUAUUUCUUAAUAAUGUCAAAAGAAGUUAAUAAAUUAUUAAGUCGUACAUUCCAUACAGAUGUUAAUUUAAAGGCAAUUAAUGCAAUUUCUGAUACAAGAAAAAUCACAGAAAGGGAAUUAUUUGUUAUGGUUGAUGGUAAAGUGGAAGAUUUAAUGGAUUUCAUUGAUUGGGAUUGGCAAACAACUGAAUUAAAUAAAGAACCAAAUUAUUUUAUGAAAGAUGUUGGAGAUUUCUUAAAAAAUAUGUUUACAUCAACAUUUUCAAAUUUACCAUUAUCAGUUAAAACUCUGUUACUUUAUAGAGUUUUUGAUUUAUUAGCAAUUAGAUUUUUAGAAAAUUUAAAUGAUCAAUCAAAAAUUUCAAAACAAUCUGUUCAAAAUUUUGAUAUUGAUAUUGAAUAUAUUGAAACAGUUUCAAGAGAAUUGAAUCCAUCAAGAGAUGCAGCAAUUAAUGGUACUAGUAGAGAAUCAUUACAAUCAAUGUUUUUACAAUUAAGACAAUGUAUUAAUCUUUUAAAAGUUGGUCAUUUAGAAGAAUAUAAAGAUCAAACUACAAGAAUGAGAAAAUAUGAUCAAAUUAAACCUGAUGAUGCAGUUCAAUUAAUUAAAAAAGUUUCAAAUGAAUUAUCAACUCCAAAUACACCAAUUGAUAGUCCUGAUCCAUCUGGUGGUUCCAAAUAUGCAAAGUUUUAUAAAUUUAGAUCAAAUGCUUAG